GGAGGUGGAGCAAGAAGAGUCCGGCGAAAAGUAAAAACUCCAUUAAGGGAUCUGCUCACGACGUGCAAUCGACAAAGCGACAAGCGAAUCGUGCGGCAAAUGCACAUGGCAGUGGCAGUACAAAGUAGUUUGGCAAUAAUCCCCCAACCAACCAACCGAAGACCAAGAGCAAGUCCCAGACCGAGACCCAGGCAUUCAUUGCUGGAUAUGACACAAGGUAUGUCAGUUCAGUGCAUUGGAGGAAUGCUUUUCCACCGACUGUCGGGGCACCGCUGUGAAGGGCUCUGCAAACACACACUGGAAGACAGGCAGACAGGCGGACUACCAGAUUUUCAUGAAUGGAAUCAAACUGCGUCGGCAAAUGCCCCAAAAAUAACGACGCUGGACAAUGCUCGUACUCGUGUUCGUACUAUAUAAGACUGGUCUUGCGCUUGUUCCAUUAUCAGUCAGCUUCAUUCGCUUCCACAGCAGCACAACACAGACCAAAAACACAAAAUCUCUUCAACAUGUUCAAAUUGGUGGUGUUGUCUGCUCUCCUCGCCGUAGCUGUCGCUCGUCCCGGACAUCUGUACGAGUCUCCGCUGGUGUAUGCAGCCCCUGCGACCACGACAAUCGUCCAGGAGCCGUACCUGGCCAAUGUGGGUUCCGUGGUAAAGAGCAUCCCAACCUCUGUCUCCCACCAGAGCCAGUCGGUGGUGCACAGCUCUGCCCACGUCGUCCAGGAUGUGGUCGCCCCCGUCAUCAAGUCGUACGCUGCACCCGUCGUCCACACCAGCUACGCAGCCUCUCCUCUGGUCCACACCUCAUACGCCGCUCCCGUCGUUCACACCUCCUAUGCGGCCAGUCCCGUCAUCUACAACGCUGGCUGGUAAGGAAGCAGAGGCAGCAGGGUGCUCGGACGAGCUAUCUGGAUGGCCAACGAAAAUAAUAUUCCUGUUGUACAUAAACGAGUUUAAUUGCGAAUCAAAUGUGAUUUCCGAAAGUUAAUUAUA